AUGGCAGUCGAACCACUGUUGAGUACGAGAGCGCAAAAGGCGUUCGUAGCCAUUAUUGCCGUUCAGGCAAUCGUGGUGCUUGUCAUGAUCUCUAUCACCUUCAGAUCCGUCGCGGUGGCGGACGAUAUUACCUUCAAUACGCCCCGAUACAAGACGCUGCCAUGUUACCUUGCAAUAUUCAUUCUGGCAGAAGUCUUCGAGAUGCUGAUGGCGUUCGAUGCACUGAGGCUACGUAAUGUCAUCCAACUCAUCGGUAUCCUUUGCUUUCAGGCAGCUAUGCUUGUCUUCGCCUCCAUCCAGAUCCAUGAGACCCGGGCAGCGCUGGCUACGCACCUGGAUCUCUGGCACAAGGUCGAGCCGUUCCUCAUCGUAUCGCCCAUAAUGAUUGGCCUAUCCUGGUUUGCGCUCAUGUGGUUCGUAAGGGAGCUAUACCAUGAAUUCGGCUGGGCGAUCUUCCAUGUCGUCGGUGCAAACCCUGCGAUGAAGACAAUGUAUCAGUACUACCAGAUAAUGAUCUGCCUCCUGAAGCUGGACUUCUUCGUCUUCAUAGGCGUUACAAUGCAGCUUCUCAUUGUCGUGCUCGAAGACGACACUGCGGAGUUCGGUCUCACUGUCGCAGCCAUCCCUAUAACGAUGAUCCUGCUCAUCAUGGCUGGUUACGCUGUCCAACGCGAAAUCAAGUCGUUGAUGACCAUCUCACUGGUUCUAAUGCUAGCAGCUCAAGUCUAUUUUUACAAGCUUUACCGCUUCUAUGACCCUGCAUCGGAACAAACGUAUCUGUCAACGCGCGCAACCCUGACAACAUUCACCAUCGUCGCAUCGAUACUGCUCUUCGCGACAUUCGGCAUCGGCUGCAAGUGCUUCCACGACUUCGACAGGGGUUUGAUGAGCAGCAAAAUGCACGGGGUGACGUGGGGGAGCAAAUACUUACCCUCUAUUUUCCACGAACGCCCAGGCGAACGCUUCAUGGCCGACCCAAAGAGCUCGUAUACGUCAGGGGGCCCGCUCGACUCCAGACGGCUGUCGAUAGAGUGA